AUGUGUCAUUCCUCUCAUUUUAAUGUUGAGAAGACAGCAGAACCAGUACAACCCCGGACAAUCCUCGGCUUUCCUCACAUCUAUGGCCCAAAGCCUGUCGUCACCACCUCAGAAAUUGUUAACUAUGUAGAUUACAAUUUGAAGACAGUAGAAGAACCAAGCAAGGGAAAACCUGAAGCCCUGGAUAAGAAAAGAAUGACCAUACAAGUCAAUGAAGAGCUAUUUCUUCUCCCCCAAAAUGGUGGGGUGAAGGAUGUUUGUGUCACUGAGCGCCUGAGUCCCGAAAACACUGCAGCCUUCAAUCAAGUCCCAGAACUUCAUUAUUGUCUGGGCUACAACCGACAGAAAGAGGCUCUGUCCGUUGCUUUCCUAGAAGUUUUAUAUGGAACCACAGCAGGAGACCAAAACAGUGGAAGUGAUUGCUACAUCUUAGGCACUUUGGUGAGCAACUCUGGAACUAUAGAAGCCCAGACUGUGAUGAAGAAGAAGCAAGCCCACAUUGUUUGGGAAGAAGCUCUAUUGUUUCUGGUCAAGGAGAAGGAGCUACCAGAGGGGACACUGACCCUCACCUUGAGGAACUGUGACAAGUUCUCUAGACACAGCAUUAUUGGUGAAAUUAAACCAAAUCUGGAUUCUGUAGGGGAGCAAUAUGGACCAAUACAGUCUGAGAAAGUGAAAGUCCUUGACAAGGAACCAGACACAGGCUAUGGGGAAGUUCUGCUUUCUAUCAGCUAUUUGCCUGCAGCAAAUCGCCUGCUUGUGGUGCUUAUAAAAGCCAAGAACCUCCAUUCCAAACAGUUGAAAGAACUCAUUGGAAAAGAUAUAUCUGUCAAAGUGACACUGAAGCACCAGGCCUUGAAACUGAAAAAGAAGCAGACAAAGCAUGCAAAACACAAGAUCAACCCAGUAUGGAAUGAGAUGAUCAUGUUUGAGGUGCCCCAUGAUCUGCUCUGUGCUUCAAGUGUAGAGCUGGAGAUGCUAAGCCAGGAUACUGAUGGGCAGAACCGCUUACUGGGCAAGUGUAGCCUUGGUCUGCAUGCUGUGGGAACCGAGAGGAACCACUGGGAGGAGAUGCUGAGGAACCCCAGGAGGCAGAUUGCUAUGUGGCACCAACUUCACAUGUAAAUAACAAGGUAGAAAUGGAUCCUCUCA